CAGCUUGACAUAGAGAUGAAGCUGCUGUUAAGCCCCGCCCUUCCCAGGCUCCUCUUCCUGUUAGCAUGUCUCAGUGGGUGUGGCUUGGGCCAUGGGCUACACCUGGGAACCUGCUCUGUCACUGUACACACACACGAACUACGCAAGCACUACACAGAGAUACGGAGCGCUGUGGUGAGCACACAAACACACACCGUCAUUUCCAUGUCGCUGUAUAAGAACAAGAAACCUACCCUGAGGCUCUCAGUCUCUACCUCUCUUUUACUCUCUCUCUCUCUCACUCUCUGUCACACAGUCUGUUUUACAUAUAUUUUAUUAGAGUGAAUUGAAUUUUGUAUUGAUUGUGUUGUUGUUGGCUAAAUGUGUGCAGAUAGCAGCAGACAGUGAAAUGGGAGUGAGACUGCUGAGGGGAGACGUGAUGAGGAACAUACAGGUGAGUUGUUCUCACUACCUUAACCUGCAUAUCAAUGUCCUUUAAAAGGCACUCAGUCUAGUGUUGUCCAUUACGGGAUACAUUUUCCUGGUGCAAAAAAGCACAUAUUUGUAUCUGUACAAAAAAUACAGUAAACCCUCAUAAUCUGGCAGCAUGAUAGAAUUUGAAACAUUUCUUUAACAACGUGCUGCAGUAAAUGUAACAUGUAGUGUGUGCUCCCUUUCAGGAGGGGGAGUACUGCUGUUUCCUGCGUCUAUUGCUGCGUUUUUAUGUGGAGAGAGUGUUUGUUAGCCACGGCUUGUCUCAGCCACUGCACCGACGCUCAACCAGCGCUCUCGCUAAUAGUUUCCUCACAAUCAACAAGCACUUGAGGCAAUGUGUAAGUAGACACACACAGGCACACAUUCAUGCAGGCAUGCACACUCACACACAUAUUAACACACAACUCACACACAAACAAAGCUACUACUAUCGUUAUCUAAUGAUAUCUCUUUAUGUCCUCCAGCACUGCCACUGUGGAGAAGACACCAGGACAAUAAUGGACUCCCUACAGGCCCAGUUUGACAAGGUAACUACACACACUGACAUAUAAAUAGGCAUAUACAGAGAGAGAGCAAAAUAGAGAAAAUACUGUUUGGAGAGUGUAUGGUGAAAGAGGCUUAGACAGCCCAAGAGAGGAGAGUGAGAGAGAGGAGAUUAAUCAAUAAGAUCCAUGCCAAUGUUAACCCCUCUCCGCCUCUUCUCCAUCCUCUCGCCCUCAUCUCUCCCUCCUUUCUCACUCCUCCUACCAUCAUCCAUCCAUCCUCUCCCUUCAUUUCUCCCUCCUCUCCCCCACACCAUCCUACCCCCCCUCAUCUCUCCAUCCUCUCUCCCUCAUCUCUCCAUCCUCUCCCCCUCAUCUCUCCAUCCUGUAGCUGGAGAUCUACCAGGCAGCAGUAAAGGCUAUAGGAGAGCUGGACUCUCUACUGGACUGGCUGGAAGAGCUCACACACAACUCACACAAGCACCUCCACACAGACAGAUAACACACUGUAUGUUUGUAUGUUUAUAUUAAAAUAUGUAAAUGUUGCAGUACAGGUGAUAUGUUACAUUUUUGUUAGCACAUAUGUUUUUGAUGAGAUAAGUUUACCUGAAAGGAAUAUUUAUUAAUGUGUGUAUUCAUGCUUAUUUUUGUAUUAAAACGGACAUAUGUCAGUCUGAGAUGGUUGUCUAUGUUCCAUAAAUAAUGGUUCUGCGAUAGUGUUAUUAACCAGUGUGAAUUUCACCAAACUGUCGAAUUUCACUACAAAAUAAAUGUACAGUGCCUUCGGAA